AUGAUUGGUAUGCCUCUCGUCGUCGUCGCUGAUUCAAAACUCCUCCUCCAAAAGUCGUCUACCAGAACAAAAUUGAAUACUCGCUCUUUUUCUUUGAAACUCGCGCUCAAAAACCCGCGUCGAUCUCGUCCGUGUUGUUCCUCUUUUGAUGUUGAUGAUGACUCAAAACCAACCCCUAAUAACACCGUUGUGAAUUUGGACGUCUCCGGGUUACGCCAGGAAACCAAAAGGCAAGAAACGAAAGCGUUGAAAAAAGUGGCGAAUGCGACGACGAAAUUACGACUGUCGAAAGAAAAAAUGAACGAGUUGUUAGAAAAUCCAAACGCGACGACGGAGAUGUUGGAAGAAUGUCCCGACGUGGAUUUUUUGGAAUCAGACGUGGAGGAGAAGAAAAAGCGGUUGGAGGAGGUGCGGACGCUGCUGGCAAUGGUGGAGAACUUUACGGGAGGGAAAAAGAAUAAAGAAGACGAUUCGAAAUGGCAAGAGUGCGCGGAGUUUGCGAUGAAAUUAGGGAUAUCGGACGCGCCACCGCCGAAACCUCCACGAGGGCCGAAGAAGGUAAAAAAUGUGAGCAAAACCGGACCUCGUCGACCGUAUUUCGCGUACGCGUCGGGGAACGACGUAAACGACGACGACGACAUACCGACGACCGAAAUCCGCGUCGGCCGCACGUCCGAAGACAACGACAUCGUCUCCUUAGACCCAACCAACGACCCGAACGAGUGGUGGAUGCACGCCGCCGGAUGUCCUGGUUCCCACGUCGUCAUCAAAUCCACCGCGCCGUCCGACGCCGCCUUUUUCGACGCCGCGUUGCUCGCCGCCAAGUUUAGCAAAGCCUCUCGCGUUGGUCGCGUGAAAGUCUCCGUCGUUCGGUGCAGACAAGUGAGCAAACCUAAAGGUGCCAAACCUGGUUUAGUUCGGUUAUCCGGUGACGUGAGGACGAUGGAAGUGCGCGUGGAUGAAAAUCUCGAUCGAUUGGAGAUGUUAGAGAGGACGAAAACAUAA